UCUCCCGCUCCUCUCAAUUCCGCCCCCGCCGCAGCCGCCACCUCGUCAGCCGUUACUACCUUGUUUAAGGUCUGUAAAAUCCUUUGUAGCCUUUUGUUUUUUGGGUGCCCAGAAAUUGUUUCUCUUUUGAGUCUAUGUCGUUACUAGAAACAAUCAUAAAAGCUUCAUCCGGCCUGGCUCGGCCGGAUUAUGAGUCAGAGUACCCUAUAGUUCUGAACCCAGACCCCGUUUUCCUGAACCUUAAGCCUGAAAAUGAGGACCCAAUUGAUAGAAUACUAGUUAAAAAGGAUGAUGGUUGGCCGAUUGCGCAAAAUGAUGCUGAAAGAAUUGAAUUAGGCCGAAAUUUCUUCAAGAAGUUGAGAAGAAAGCUGAAGAAUGCUAACAGUUUCACUAAAGAUGAGUUUUUUGAGAUGUUCAAUCCAUUUUUGGAGAAAAAUGGGGAGAUAUUAGGAAUUUCGGCUGAAAUUGGAAGGCGGGAGGUAGGUUAUAGUGUGAAAUUGGUUGAAAAGGUGGGAUAUUUAAUGGGGAGAGAUGUGAGGGGCUUAAUUUUGGAGGCUUGUAUUGUUUUGGAGCUCUGGGAUGUUUUGGAGAGUUUGAUUGUUAAUAAGCUUGUUCUGCAUUCCUGUGUUUCUAAUUUGGUUAAUAAUUUGAUUGAAAAAAGGAGGUCUGAUUUGAUUGUGUUGUGCGUUAAGCACAUCGGUGACAUUCAGACUUACGAAAUUAUGUGUAUUUUGAAGUAUUUUUUGUGUCCCUCAAAGGAGGGGUAUGAGAGUAUGGUUAGUGUGAGGAAGGAUUGGGAGAGUCAAGCAUUGUUAGCUAUUGAAAAGGUUAGUGAUAAGAAUCUUACUGGGAAGAAAUUGAGUGUGGCAAGGGAUGCUUCUUUGUUGAUUAUGGUGGCAUAUGAUGGAUUCUCGGUAUCAGAAUUGUGCUUGCAUUAUUUGCUAGCGUCAAAGAAUGUUGAUGAUGUGAUAUUGGCAUCUUGUAUUAGUAAGUUGAAUGGUUUGGAAAUGAUGAGUUUGAUUCAGUAUUUGAGCAAGUGGUUGAACAAGUAUGAGAGGUUUCCUCAAGUGAGUCCCUGUCCAAAGGCAUCUUCAUUGUUGGGGCUGAAAGUUUGUGAAUGGAUUCCAAGUCUUCAAGACGUUGUCAGGUGUCUUGGUUUGGUUAUAGAUGAGCACUUUUCUUCUUUGGUUCUGCAUCCCGAGUUUCAUGAGGAGAUGAGAUCCUUAGGAGGACUGGCUAGUUCUUUAGCUGCAGAAGCAAGGCUCUGUGGUUCUCUGGCAAAUUUGACUGAGAGGUUGAGAACAGAUCAUAGAGGCUAAAAAACCGCAGAGGUGUGGAAUUGGUUGGCAGAUUGAGGGGUCAUCUUGCUGCCAUAUAAGAUCAUUGUUGUAGCAGGUUGCGGGCCUAUAGCAUGUUGUAACUUGGGAGUGCAGAAGUUUGAUUGAGCUGAACAGUGGACAAAAAGAAUUCAUGGAUGUGCUCUGCUUCAACAAUUGAUUCAGAAUGUUUCCAAGUCACAGGACUUGCAACUCUUUUUCCAUUUUAUGUAUCUCUGACACCAAGAAACAGAAAAUAGAAAACAACAAAACCUGAGUUUUUCAUCAAA